AUGUUCGGGAUUCAGGAGCAUCUGAUACGAGAAGUGAGCGGAUUAAAAGAGAGAAGUCUUGGAGAGGAGAUGGAUCCGAUCCGGUCGUGGGUGCGUAAUGUCGGGGUUGUGGACGCGAACGUCGCGGCGCAAAGUGGAGUGGCUCUGUCCAGGGCUCACUUUGAGAAGCAGCCCCCCUCCAAUCUGCGCAAGUCCAACUUCUUCCACUAUGUGCUGGCGCUCUACGACAGGCACGGCCAACCUGUGGAGGUGGAGAGGACCGCGUUUGUGGACUUUGUUGAGCAUGACAAGGAGCAGACAGGAGAGAAGACCAACAACGGCACGCACUACAAGCUGCAGCUCCUCUACAGCAACGGGGUUCGAACGGAGCAAGAUCUUUAUGCACGACUCAUCGACUCUGUCACUAAACAGCCUAUAGCAUACGAGGGACAAAACAAGAACCCAGAAAUGUGCAGAGUUCUGCUCACACACGAGGUUAUGUGCAGCCGCUGUUGUGAGAAAAAAAGCUGCGGCAACCGAAACGAGACGCCCUCCGACCCCGUCAUCAUUGACAGGUUUUUCUUGAAGUUUUUCCUGAAAUGUAACCAGAAUUGUCUGAAGACGGCAGGAAACCCGAGGGACAUGAGGAGAUUUCAGGUGGUGUUGUCCAGCACCGUGUGCGUAGACGGCCACGUCCUGGCAGUGUCUGACAACAUGUUUGUGCACAACAACUCAAAACACGGUCGGAGAGCCCGCAGGCUGGAGCCGGGCGAGUCUGCAGAGAACACUAUGGAAUAUGCCACUCCAUGUAUCAAAGCCAUCAGUCCCAGUGAGGGCUGGACCACCGGCGGGGCCAUGGUCAUCGUCAUCGGGGAGAACUUCUUUGACGGGCUGCAGGUGGUGUUUGGCAGCAUGCUGGUGUGGAGCGAGCUCAUCACACCGCACGCUAUCCGCGUCCAGACGCCUCCUCGGCACAUCCCCGGAGUUGUGGAGGUCACACUGUCUUAUAAAUCCAAACAGUUCUGCAAGGGAGCUCCCGGACGCUUCAUCUACACAGCCCUUAAUGAGCCAACCAUAGACUAUGGCUUCCAGCGUCUACAGAAGGUCAUCCCCCGACACCCCGGUGACCCAGAGAAAUUGGCCAAGGAGAUUCUCCUCAAAAGAGCAGCAGAUCUGGUGGAGGCGCUGUAUGGAAAUCCACACAGUAAUCAGGACAUGCUGCUGAAGCGUGCAGCUGACAUCGCCGAGGCUCUGUACAGCGUUCCUCGGCCUCACAGUCAGCUGCAGGCGCUGCCAAGCUCCCCGGCCCACGGCAGUGUCAUGGGUCUGGGCUCCUACCCCUCGCAGCUAGGCGUUAGCAUCGGGGAGCAGAGCAGCCAAGGUUACAUUCGAAACUCCAGCAGUUUGUCUCCCAGGGGUUACCCAUCAGCCUCCACUCCUCAGCAGUCAGGCUACGGCAGCGGCGGGAUGACCGGAGGCUACGGGACAGUUCCCAUGACCAGCCUAGGAGUUCCUGGUUCUCCUGGUUUCAGCAGUGCCUCCCCCACAGGCUCUACAUAUAUCAUGCCCUCCAGCCCCACCAUCCCAGGAAGCUCCAGCUCCUCAUCGUCUCUCUUGCCUUUCUCCUCCUUCCCGUCUGCUGCUAAACAGAAGAGUGCUUUUGCUCCCGUGCUCAGACCCCAGGGCUCCCCCUCCCCUGCCUGCCCUGCCUCAGGGGUGAACAGCUUCAGAGGUAGCCACCCAUCUCACUAUCUGACCCCGCUGUCUGAACUCACGAAUGCAGUCUAA